AGUCUGAGGCGAGUGUUAAGUUCCUUUUAUACCAUUCUUUUCAGAGAAGAUACGAGGCUACAUAUUUUCCAUGAUACGUUUCAUUCCUUGAAUUUUGGAAACAAUGAAGAUCCAAGACCGAGACAAAAUGAAUUUUUCUUUUAUCUGCAUCGACUACUUUUGUUCAGGUAUUUGACUGAACGUGAUACAGAGGGACUUCCAGAAACAUCUCCAUUCAACAAAACAAACCGUCUGGCUCAGUUCAAAUCAGAUUAUUCCUUAACCCCUGAAACCGAUCCAUCAAAUCUAAUGUCAACAUUUUCAAGCAAUAAGCAAACCUGUAAGCUUGCACCAAAAUCAAUUGAAAUAUUGGAGAAAACGGAGAAAAAUUGCGACAGGAAUUUUCCGUUUUCAACAACACAAUAUUUUUAA